CUAAGGUCCAAGGCUGGGGGUGUUUGGCCCUUGCUGCUACCUGAUCUCCCAGCUGAAGUUCUGGUUAUCGGUGACUCAGGAAUAGAGAAAGUUGGAGGGUAGGAAGUAAGGAUGAAGGUACAUAUCAGUGCAGUCUGUUCUCCCAGGGGAGCGACCCCACCACCGUAAGCGCUAAUCGGCUGUCAGCAGUGGCCAGCGGAGCUUGGCUGGAGCUAAAGGAGGCACGUGGGAGAGGCGGGAGUGAGGAGCAGGCACGUGGUCCAGGCUCCUCAGCCCCGUGCAUGUCCCCCAACCACCACCCCGAGUGAGGAGGGGUUUGGGAAGGUGGAGCGGGCGGCUCGCAAAGCGUGGGGCGCGAGCUAGCGGCAGGCAGGAGCUGUCCCCGGACUUAGUGCUGAACUAGGCGCCGACGUGUCAGGUGCCUGGUGCUGACACCAGAGAAGACCAUGGCGUUCACGGUGAAGUCCAUGGUGGGCGGCCAGCUGAAGAACCUCACUGGGAGCCUGGGGGGCGGCGAAGACAAAGGGGACGGGGACAAGUCUGCAGCGGAAGCACAGGGCAUGAGUCGAGAGGAGUGUGAGGAGUAUCAAAAGCAACUGGUGGAAGAGAAGAUGGAGCGGGAUGCGCAGUUCACACAGAGGAAGGCAGAACGGGCCACAUUUCGGAGUCACUUCCGAGACAAAUACCGUUUGCCCAAGAACGAGACAGAUGAAAGCCAGAUCCAGCUGGCAGGUGGAGACGUGGAGCUGCCUCGGGAGCUAGCCAAGAUGAUCGAGGAGGAUACAGAAGAGGAGGAGGAGAAGGCCUCUGUGCUUGGGCAUCUGGCCAGCCUCCCUGGCUUGGACCUCAGCUCACUCAAGGACAAGGCCCAGACUACACUGGGAAACCUUAAGCAAUCAGCUGAGAAGUGCCACAUCAUGUGACCACUUCCCUUGGCGUUGCCCCUGGGAUGGCCAGAGGGCUGGGUCCACAGGAGGGCUAAGAGGGUGUCUAAACUUCCAGAGACCUCUACCCCAUUUUGGACAUUGUUUUCCCUGCUUCAACCUCAGAGUCUUCUCAACCAUGUCCAAUCCUGCCUUUGGUCGCUCCCUCUUCACCACCAGCCAAGCUCCCAUUUUCCUUCUCUCCCUUGUAACCUAUUCCCUUCUCAGCCUGGGAGGUUUUCCAAAAUGAUGAGAUUAGGCCCGGCCCUCUCUGGGUGCAGCCCCCUGUUCCUGCACACAAGAGCACUCACAGAAGGACACAGAAGCCCUGGCUCAUUUGCCACAGAUGCAUCCUGGCACACAGAGACACACAUCCUUUGGGUACCCAGUCCCUCCAGACACCAGCUCUCAAAUGCUCUCAGAGACAGCUUUGGAUAGACAGAAGGCCUGUUCCAGUUUUCUCCUUCAUUGUUCUGGAAGCUGCUGCUCUUUCUGGGCUUCACCUGUAAAAUGGGAAUGGACUAUGUAAUUUCUAAGAUUCUUUCCCUGGUCACUCGAAGCACAGCCCGCACCCCUCCUUGGGCAGGGCAGCAGCUGCAGCCACAGCCUCAGAAGCUGCCACUGUGGGCUCUGGGAUCUGAGCAAUGCUGUCUGAGAGGCAGAGUGCCAAGGCUGGAGCUGGCACUGAACAGUAGCCCAGGCAACUCCAGGUCUUCUCUGGGCCCAGGGCCCAGCCAAAUUUUAUUCUGUUCUUGUAGAACUCUCUGGAUCCCAUAGUUGGACUCUCUUCUAGUUCAAUGGAAAAUAAAAGUUCCAAAUGACAUGGCUAUCUUUCUACUCCCUACUGACACUGAGUCUUAGAGUUCACAGGUCCCAAGCCUGCUCUUGGAGGGGUACCCUCCACCUCCCCACCUGUAGCUUCAGAACUGGCACAUCCAGCCCUAGAAGAGGAAGGAGAAGGGACUUCUGCAGAACUCCCGUAAGAUGAUCUACUGCUUUUCAGGGCCCCAGGCAAGGAAGCAGAUGCCACUUGGGCCAGAUAAAGCAGGUCUAAGUACUGGAAUUUCAGGGAGAUGUGGCUGGAUGGAGAGGUACAAGGGAAGUUGGGGCCUCUAGAGUGUUUUCUGAGCCCACAAGAAGGGUU